GUCACCUGCGGGGAACAGUCGCUAAUUUACAGUUCCAUAUCGAUGUCUAGGUUUGUCCAAAAAAUGGUCACGUUCCAAAUAUGAUUGUUUUAACCCUCACCAGGUCUUCAAUAUUGGUUUAAAAUCUAAACCUUUGAAUAUAUAUCAUAAAAAAAGAAGUGGUGACAGCAUUGUUAGUUUAUCCAAACAAAGAUGGCGGUGUCCUUGCGCAGUGCGGAGUGCGUCAGGCUUCUGGCAGUCUUUAACCGGUUUAAUACUUUGCGGAUAUCCCCAACAAGCAGAUCUCUUCACGUUACUGCAGUCUGCUGCAAGAACCAAGCCGCUCGUGUCCGAGUGGGGAAAGGAGACCGACCUGUGACCUACGAGCGGGCUCAGAAACCGCACGACAUCGGCCACCGCAAAGGAUGGCUGUCCCAGCAUACCAGUAACCUGAAAGGAGAAGACGGAGCAGCAGACCGGGUCGUGGAGGACAUGUUCAUAAGGAAGUUCAUGUUUGGCACCUUCCACGGCUGCCUGGCCAACGAGGUGGUGAUCAAGAGGCGGGGCAACCUGCUGAUCGUGUGCGCCUUGAUGCUCCAGAAGAUGCGGCCGCAUAAAUUCUACUUUUUAAUCGGCUAUUCCGAGUCCUUGCUGUCGCACUUCUACAAAUGUCCCGUCAAGUUGGAGAUCCAGACGCUGGAGGAGCCUCAAAUCUACAAGUAUCUGUGACCAACAGACUGAUUUCUUCACUUCCUGUUUGCUGUCACGAAAAGGCUAAGUGUUGCUGUUCUUUCGUGCUCACUUCCUGUUUGCUGUCACGUUGCUGCAACUGGUGUGUCCGCUCACAUGAUGCUUGUCACACUAUCUUUGUGUGCCUAAUAAAGAACUCCAGGGUUGUUUUAACUUUUA